AUGGUCAAAGGAGACCUCGUCACCCUCGGCGCGGCUGCCACCGCUCUCGGAGGCGCCUACAAGCUCGCCGAGUUCCUCACAAAGGCCAAGCGGGUGCGUGAUGUCGGUCCAUCCAACGCCGUCUACGUGCGCAUCAUCGGUCGCGUCCGCUCUGAUCUCGAAGAGGUGCGCCGUCUGCUCUCGGUCCGCGAAAUCCACGACAUCCUCGAGGCCAACCACGAAAAAUCCAAAUGGGUCUACGGCUGCAUGCGCGAUGUGCGCGGCGCCCUCGAGAACAUUGCGCCCCAUACUGAACGCGUCGCUGGCGACAUUGAGGAUGGCCGCCGCGUCGGCAUGAGGCACCGUGUUUACUGGCUGCUCAGCGAGAAGGAAAAGCUUGAGAACAGAGAAAAGGAACUCGCAAUUGCCCACAACAGUCUCCGCGAGGUCCUCGGCUACUUGACCACUCUGGAGCCUAUUGAGGAGCCCCACAAGCCCAAGCAUUCCAAGAAGGACAAGGAGAAGAAGGAGGAGACGCACAUCGACAUUGAGAUUCAUCAAGAGGCUCCUCCUCCUCCGCCUCCUGCUCCCGCUCAUGCUCCUGCUCCCGCUCCCGCUCAUGCCCACCACUCUACCCACACGACGCACAUUGACCGGGACAUCUACAUUGAACGCGAUGCCGGUGCUCCCAGGCGUGUUGAGGAACAUCGCGAUGUCUGGGUUGAGCGCGACCACCAGCCGCCUGCCCACUACCAGGAACACCGUGAGGUCUAUGUCGAUGAACGCGAGCGUGGCCCCCAGCACUACGAUGACCGCGGCCGUGCUCCUCCUCCUCCUCCUCACCACCACGAUGCCCACUGGGAACAACACGGCCGUGACCCCCGCUACGAGUCCCACUACGAUGAGCGCUUCGAGCAGCAGGACCAUUACCGCUCCCAGUAUCCCAUUGAGACGCGCGAGACGUACCAGCAGAACCGCCUGUACCCGGAGCCCCUAGGCCGUCCCGCCGAAGCCUUUGAGGAACGUCUUCCUGAGCGCGAAACUUGGCACCAAAGCAACGCCCGCAAUCAACGCCCAGGUCAGUACGGCCCCUAUGGAGCACAGUAUGCCGAAUACGGUGCCCCUCAGCCUAUUGGCGCAGCCCACUACGCCCGUAGGUUCAAAGGAGAUCCAGGCUUUGGCGACGAAGAAAUACUAAAUCCGCAACCAGUGCCGUUGGACAGGAAGUACGCCGAACGCGAGAUGUGGAUUGAACAAAAGGAGGACUACCGCUUCGAUCAGUAUGGGAACCGCUUGCCGGAUAGGCUGUUCCAGCCACCUGUUCCUCGACCCUAUCGCAGCCGCAUUAACACCAUCAAUCCCUAUCUUCUUCUUCUUCUUCUUAAAAAAAAUAUGGCCCGCAGAACCCCCAUCCACGCCCUCCGCACCUGCACCUCCUUCCUCACUACCGCCACCUCGCCCUCCUGGCCGGGCCCCACGCGCCCAACCACCAUCAAACUCCUCUCCCUCGCCACCCUGCUCGCCUGCAUCCAACUCGGUCUCUGCGCCGCCCUCGCCCACAAACUGCUCUCCAUGCGCCUUGAAGUCGAGUGCUGGGACGUUGACGAGACGGCUCCAGGCCCUCAACCUGGGGAUUCGGUGGAUACGUUUAGCUUUGUGGUCAAGACGAGGAAGUUGCCGGUUACAUUUGUGAAUUUGGAUCGGUUGGAAGGGAGGGAGGGGUGGGAGGGGGCUAUGUGGUUGAGUUUGGGGAUGCCGGGCGGGGAGGGGGGGAAGAUGAUUGGAUAUUUUUUCAUGGCGCUUUUUGCUGCGCGCAUGAAUCAACUUGAUCGACAGCGCCCGAUUGGACUGCAGAAUCUUGCUCCUUCGAGAAGACCUACUGCGAGUGGAAAUGCUGCUGCUGCUGGACAAUAUUCUGCGUCGAAUGCUCCUAGUGUACCGGCUCCUGCUGCUUUCUCAGUUAGCUCCCGACUUCCUUGUCAACAGAGUGCGGUGGAUGCGAGGGGUCGUAAGCCGGCGGAGCGGAAAGAGGAGACUAUGAAUCCUUUUACGGAUCCUCGGAAUGUGGUAACUUAGGACGAGGGGACGGGGUCAUAGAUGUGGUCUGAAGAAGAGAAGAGCUGGUUACAGUAGGUCGAGGCGUUGAGAUGGGGUUACGUUUUGAUCUUGAUAUUGGGUUAUUGGGUUAUGAUUAAGAGCGUCACUUGUCACAUCACAUGGUCAAGUGUCAACGAGACUGAACAAGACGCUCAACUCUCAAAUUUAGUCGUUACACUUUUUCCAACCAAGUUACAGUGUCGAGAC